AUGCUUGCUAGAGCAUUGACAGUAACGAGAAAGAGCCCUAAAGAUGACGUCUACAUACGCGACCUCGUCUGCAGCCAAUCGGGCUCCUUCAUCGACUAUGAGGACUGCAUUGUCGGCUUUAUGGUUGAUCUGCCACUAGUCUGCUGCGACCAUGACAAGAAGUGCGUCGGAUGUGGGGAGAGUUUGGCACACUUAACCCUGAGGGGUGUGCUCAGAGGUUCGGUGGGUGUGAUCGGAGAGAGCCGGUUGGCGAUGACUGAGAAGGUGGUGCUCUUGGGAGGAAGAGUGUGUGCGGUUAAGAGGUUUAGACAGCUGAGUAUUAAAAGGCGUGAGUUUGGGAAGAGAAUUGAGAGAUUGGCUGAGGUGAGUAAGAAGUGUGAGUUUCUUGUUCCUGUCACUGCUUAUUUGUUUGCCAAGAGGAUCAAGUUUGUGCUUUCAGAUUAUCGCCCCAUGGGAAGCCUCGCUGACUUGCUUGCUGGUGCGAGGGAUCAUGGUCACACCGCGCUAGUUUGGAACCAAAGGCUGGCCAUAAUUUGCGACAUUGUGAAAGCAAUAGCCUAUGUCCAUAAACAAUCUCCUCCAUACCAAAAGAACAUGAUAAUGAACAUCCACGGCAGCGUCAAGACCACAAAUGUAUUAGUGAACAUCGACUUCUCAGCCUGCUUAUCAGAUUACGGGUUCACCCAAUUGGCAGAGCAAGUGGAAAUUCCCGAAACGGGGCAGGUGAUGAAGUCCCCCCGCUGGCUGGUAGAGAAGACCAAUUAUUCAAAUGAGCUGUCCCAGAGGGCUGAUAUUUACAACUUCGGGGUGAUACUACUGGACAUUUUAGCAGGGCCAAAGGGUCUGAGUCUGCUGGAAAUGGAGGUGAAUGAGAAGAAGGAAGCCAUGAAAUCUGGUGGUUUGGAUAUGGUGGAGUUUGAUAUGAGGGAUAAGACAGAACAAAGGCAGGUAUCAAAGUUUUUCGGCAUCGCCCUGACAUGUACAAAUGCCUACCCAGACUCUAGGAGUACAAUAGAUGAGAUCAGUUAUGAAAUCUCGAGGUUGUAAUUAAUUAAGUAUGCGUGGGUAAAAGACUAUGUUGGUGUAUUCUCGAAGGUAUGGACACUGUACGCGCGUGCAAGGGA